ACUGCAUCUCCGCUCACACAACAAUGUCCUUCACGUCAACAUUACGACAGCUGCCCUCGCGGCAAAUAGGCCUAUGGACAUGUUCAGCAUGCUCCCGUCCGCUCGCCAGGAUACUACGCGCCCACAAUCCCGUCUCCGCUGUGCAAAAAUGCUUAAACACUACAAGAGCUGCGCAACAUGGCACCGUACCGCGAAUGGACCAAAUGCACGCGCAAUACAAAAUGAAAAACAGAACUGUCAUGAAUUAUGUAUUUAGUGUAAUAGUCGGUUUCGUAGCUCUAUCAUACGGCUCUGUACCCAUGUACAAAAUGAUCUGUCAACAAACUGGCUGGGGCGGCCAACCCAUCAAGUCCGCCGCGCACGGCGGCGAUUCCAGCAUCGACCCCGCCGAGCGCCUCAAACCAGUAACCAACCACCCCCGCAUCCGCAUAACCUUCAACGGCUCCGUCUCCGACGUGCUCCCUUGGAAAUUUGUGCCGCAGCAACGCGAAGUCCGCGUCCUCCCCGGCGAAACGGCACUGGCUUUCUACACGGCGACGAACAAGUCGCCCGAGGACAUCAUCGGCGUGGCGACGUACUCUGUUACGCCCGGCCAGGUUGCCCCGUAUUUCAGCAAGAUCCAAUGUUUUUGCUUCGAAGAGCAGCGGUUGAAUGCGGGGGAGACGGUGGAUAUGCCUGUUUUCUUUUACAUCGACCCGGAGUUCGUUACCGAUCCGAAUAUGAAGGGGAUUGAGACUGUGACGCUGAGUUACACGUUUUUCAAGGCAAAGUAUGACAAGGAUGGGCAUUUGAGACCCGUGCCUAUGGCUUGAAGAAAUGAUUUCAUUUUAUGUUUUUUUUCUUUUCUAUAAGAAAAUGAUUUUGUAUGAUAUGUAUUUGUACAGUAUCUUGCUUCUCUGCUAUUAGAGUGGUGUACAAGUCAUGGUUUCUCUGCUAUCAGAGUGGUGCACACGUCACUUGGUUGUCGAACUCUCUACUUCUGUCAGAGUAGUCUACAAGUCACUAGAUAUCAGACCGAAGUGAUCAUAGUACUCUCUCUUCCCC